AAAGACGAAGAAGAAGAAACAGCAGAAGAAGUUGGCGGAGUGUGUGUGUGUGUGUGCGAACAGAUGCUUUCACUUUCUCUUUCAGGCUCCGUUGAUUCCGUCGAGGCACUGAUUUCAGAACAGUAAAAUAAAGGCGAGAAAAAGCUACUCAGGGGGAAACGGAAGAACACUUUAGGAAACCCCAUCAUGGCGUUCAAGUACCCGACUGCGAGAAGGGAUGAGACGAAGGUGGAUGACUACUAUGGAACUAAGAUCUGUGAUCCAUACUCAUGGCUGGAGGACCCUGAUGGCGCAGAAACAAUGGCCUUCGUUGAGGAACAGAACAAGCUCUGCAUGCCAUACUUGGACCAGUGUGCUGUCCGUGCUCAGUUCCACAAGCGCCUCACUGAGCUCUAUGACUAUCCCAAAUACAGCUGCCCUUACAGGAGAGGAAAGAGGUAUUUCUACUUUCACAAUAAAGGUCUCCAGAACCAGGAUGUGCUGUAUGUGCAGGACUCUCUGGAUGGACCCGCCACCGUUUUCUUUGACCCGAAUAAACUCUCUGAAGAUGGCACCGUGGCACUGAAGAUGGGCCGGCUGUCAGAGGAGUGUGAAUAUUUCGCAUAUGGUUUGAGCAGCAGUGGUUCAGACUGGGUGAAAGUGCACUUCAUGAAGGCUGACGACCUCAGCAAGCUGCCUGAUGUCCUCGAGAGGGUUAAAUUCAGCUGCUUGGCCUGGACUCACGAUGGCAAGGGUGUCUUUUACAACUGCUACCCACGACAGGAAGGCAAAACCGAUGGCACAGAGACCACCUCCAACGUCAAUCAGAAGCUCUACUACCACGUCAUCGGCACCAAACAGUCAGAGGACAUCCUGGUUGCAGAGUUCCCCGAACAUCCUAAGUGGCACAGUUCAGUAACUAUAUCGGAUGAUGGCAGGUAUGCAGUUUUGUCCAUCACCGAAGGCUGUGAGCCUGUCAACCAGCUGUGGUACUGUGACCUUCAGCAGCUCCCCGACGGCAUCUCAGGCCUGCUGCCAUGGGUCAAGCUCGUGGACAACUUUGAAGCCCAGUACUCCUAUGUCACCAAUGAGGGAACUGUGUUCACCUUCCGCUCCAACUUGGAUGCCCCUCGGUACUGUCUCAUCAACAUCGACAUCCAGAAACCAGACCGGCAGCACUGGACUACCCUCAUUCCACAGCAUGACAAGGAUGUCCUCGGCUUUGUCUCCUGUGUGAACCAGCACCACCUGCUGGUCAACUACAUCCAUGACGUGAAGGACAUCCUGCAGGUGUACGAGUUGUCUACGGGCCGGCUGGUCAGGGACCUGCCACUGGACGUUGGCACAGUGGGCGGAGUGAGCUGCAAGAAGAAAUACUCUGAAUUCUUCUACAAGUUCACCUCUUUCACAACGCCAGGUAUCAUUUACCACUGUGAUCUGAGCAAGCCAGACCCAGAGCCCAGAGUGUUCAGGGAGGUGGAGGUAAAAGGCAUCAGGCAAGAGGACUAUCAGACCAGCCAGGUAUUUUAUCCCAGUAAAGAUGGAACCAAGAUCCCCAUGUUCUUAGUUCACGCCAAGGGCCUGAAGAAGGAUGGGACUCAGCCGGUCUUCCUUUAUGGCUACGGAGGCUUCGAGGCUUCCAUACAACCGUACUACAAUGUUGCCUAUCUGCUUUUUGUGAGACACCUGGGGGGGAUCCUGGCAGUGGCCAACAUCAGAGGGGGUGGAGAGUACGGCCUCACCUGGCACAAAGCUGGUUCUUUAGGGAACAAGCAGAACUGCUUUGAUGACUUCCAGUGCGCGGCAGAGUAUCUGAUCCAGGAGAAGUACACCACGCCCGGUCGCAUCGCUAUCAACGGCGCCUCUAAUGGAGGGCUGCUAGUGGGGGCAUGUGUGAACCAGCGUCCAGACCUGUUUGGCUGCGCUGUGGCGGAGGUGGGGGUGAUGGAUAUGCUCAAGUUCCACAAAUUCACCAUCGGCCACGCCUGGACCACAGACUACGGCUCUUCUGACGACCCCGAGCAGUUCAAGUGGCUCAUCAAGUAUUCUCCUCUCCAUAAUCUCCCCCCGCCGCCUUACUCUGGCCCUCCCUACCCCGCCAUCCUGCUUCUGACGGCAGAUCACGACGACCGCGUGGUGCCUCUCCACACCUUGAAGUACUGCGCUGCCUUGCAGCACGGAGUGGGCAGCAGCCCCGUGCAGCGUCAGCCCCUGAUGGUCAGGGUGGACACCCGUAGUGGGCACGGUGCAGGGAAACCCACCGCCAAGGCCAUCUUGGAGGACACGCACAUCUUUUCCUUCAUCGCUGAGACACUUGGACUCAGCUGGAAGGAAUGAGGAAAUGACAGCAGGGAGGGCAGAUAAAUAAUAUACACAAUGAAUGAUUUUUAUUUUUAAGAAAACAUGUAAAAAAAAAUUUCUGCGUCAAAACAAUAAACUGGUGCCAUUAAGUGGAUGGUUUAAUAAAUAUGUAUACGGAAAAUAAGAACAAAGAACUACAGUGUGCUAAAAAUGUGAGCUACACUAUAAUGCUGUGACUGCUCUGAAUGAAUGAAAAUGUUAAUUUGUUUGCAUUUGAAUUUGAACUUUCGGAUUGAAACAUUUUCAAUAAAAUCUCUGUUUGCAUUGUGA